UUCAUAGUUCGCAAUCCACAGCAUAGGAACAGCAGAACGAUGUCACAGCCUGUCAACGCCGCCGCCUACCUCACCACUCCCUCGUCUCCUUUGGCAGUAAAGCCCGCUCCAUACACUCCAGCCAGAAGCAAUGAACUCGUCAUCAAAACCCACGCAAUAGCACUAAACUGGUUCGAUGUCGUUGUCCAGCACAUGAGCAGCAACGUAACCCCAUGGCUCAAGCACCCCUUUAUCCCCGGCUCAGACGUCGCCGGUGAAGUUGUAGAAGUCGGCUCGUCCGUAACACGCUUCAAACCAGGCGAUCGCGUCCUCGGACACGCCGCGGGAACAGACAAACGCAGCAACCGCGCAUGCGAAGGCGCAUUCCAGUCCUACGUGGUUCUCCAGCAAGACCUCACCAGCAAGAUCCCCAAUUCACUAGAAUACGAGCGCGCCUGCAUGGUCCCGCUCACUCUCUCCACCGCAGCAUGCGGCCUCUACCUCCCUGACCUCCUCAACCUAACCCAUCCGGCAUCUUUCUCCCUCUCCCAAACCCCUCCACCUCAAUCAUCAUCACCACACCCCGAACCAACCGACAAACCGUUCACAGAAAAGCCGAUCCUCCUCAUCUGGGGCGCCGCAACAACAGUCGGCACAUCAGCCCUCCAACUCGCCCUCGCCUCAAACUACACAGUCUACACCACAUCCUCGCCAGCCUCGUACCCACUCCUCCGCGCCCUCGGCGCCACAAAAACAUUCGACUACGCGAGCCCCACGGCCGUCCCGGACAUCAUCGCCGCCAUGCGCGGCAAGCCCUCCGCAGGCGCCCUCGCCAUCGGCCCCGCCUCAACCCAGAAAUGCAUCCCCAUCGUCGCCGCGUCCACGGGCCGCAAGUUCAUCGCCCAAGCCAGCGUCCCUACCCCCGACUCUAUGCCGCCCAAAGGCUUCGCCAUGGCCAAGUUCAUCGCAAAGUACCUCUGGUUCAGCGUUUCUACGAAACUAUCGUGCCUGGUCAACGGCGUGGGGGUCAAGUUUAUCUGGGGCAGCGAUGUCGUUGGGUGCGAGCUCGGGAAGAUGGUGUAUGCCGGGUUUCUGGAGGGCGCGUUGGAGAGAGGCGAGUUUGUCGUAAGGCCUGAGGCUAGGGUCGUUGGGGAGGGGCUGGAAGCGUUGGAUGCCGCGUUGGACGUUGUCAGACAAGGUGGGUUGAGGGCCGAGAAGAUUGUCGUCAAAAUUUGA